UUUGCUCUGAGGGGGGGAGGUGGCUGCCCUGGCUGUAGUCGGUGGGGCAGAGGACAUUGACCUCUGUGACUGUCACUCGCUGAUCUGGGAUCGCAAACAUUCUCACUUAGUAAAUGAUCGACCGUCUGCGUUAACGGUAAAGAGAGUGCACGGAAAUCACUACCAUAAGCCAAGGCAGCAGCUGACCUGCGCAAAGGGCUAGCUGAUCUCAACAUGAUGGCCACUUUAAGGUGCCUUUUUCCAAAGGGCAGGCUGUGUGUACCAGAUGCUUUUACCCGGGCAAAGCUGCCGGCAUGCACACAGGCUAGAGCAGCGUUUGCAACAGGUCCACGCCAGACAGACACCACGUUCUAUGAAUUUCGCACAUAUACCGUCAAACCAUCAAUGAUGUCAGAGUUCAUGAAGCUUACAAAUGAGAAAAUCCACAAUCGCAUCAAGCACUCUGAGCUGAUUGGCUACUUCACUAUGGAGUUAGGAGGCCUUAAUAAGGUGUUCCACAUCUGGAAAUAUGACAAUUUUACGCAACGGACAACAGUUCGGGCAAACCUUUCUCAAGACGCUGAUUUUAUGAACUAUAUUGCUAAAGCCUUUCCGAUGCUAGACAAACAGGACAAUGAAAUUGCGUACUUGGUGCCGUGGUGCAAGUUACAGAAGCCAGAAAAACCAGGGGUUUAUGAAUUAGUGACCUUUCAGUUUAUGCCUGGGGGACCCGCUGUUUGGGGAGAUGCUUUCAGAGCCGCCAUCUCCUCUCAUGUAAAUACUGGCUACACUAAACUUGUUGGCGUUUUCAAUACGGAAUAUGGAUUGCUCAACCAAGUCCAUGUUCUGUGGUGGAAUGAGAAUGCAGACAGUCGCGCUGCUGGAAGGCAUCUAGCGCAUGAAGAUGCAAGGGUGGUUGCAGCGGUGAGAGAAAGCGUAAGAUUCCUGGUGUCCCAGAAGAAUGUGCUUCUACUUCCCACAGCGUUCUCGCCCCUGAAAUAACACCAGGGCGAUAUCGGCUGGACACCAGCGCCGUAUGCCUGAGCUCCUAAGACCUGACCGCUGAAUUGAAAAAUAUAGAUCUGUAAUGCUUUUUCAAUGUAUGCCUUACAUUCAUGAGAUCGAAAGAUGGCUAUUUAUUAAGAUACAGUGCCUUUAAGACUGAGCUUGUAAUUACUUCAUAAUCAGUGCUGUAGUGAAGGUUUGUUACCACUAUAACACUAUAUGUAUUUCUUUCACUCAGCAGAAAACCCCGCAGCAGUUGUGAAGGGUAACUACACAUAAUAUUGUAGUGGCAACAGAUUUGCACUUCUGCACAGACUAUACAGUAACUGCAUACCCAACCAUGCACGCUAAACUUUACUUGUCUUGUGUGAAGUUUGUGCUUCAUUUGUUGUUCUAUCAACACUGGUUAGUAAUGUACCAAAUAAAAAUAGAUUUGUAGUGGUU